GGCGUCUUCUUCCCAGUUUCCUCCCAUCAGUCAAAAUUACCAAAAUGGCGGCCGAACAGUGCGUUUUUACGAUCCCUUUACGGACUUGAUCAUGUCGUUGACGGAGGAGGACGUGAAGAGAUGGUAUGACAUUGCGAAAAAAUGGGGAAGAGCUACUUCUGCAGAGGUGUGCAGGGAAACCUUCGAAUGCGUUCAUGAUUUGUCAAGUUUCCUAAAAAGACUUGAGAAAGAUCUUAGCGAAGAGAUUGGUGAUGCACAAGUAAUUUUACAGAAAUUUCCAAGCCUUGGAAAGCUUCUUGGUCAAUUGUAUGAGAACACAGUUAUUAAAUUAUCAGAUGAAGUUUUUCAGAGUAUUGUGAGAUGCAGUUUAAUGCUUGCAAAUUCUUCUGGAGUUCAAGGAAGGAAUCUGAACAGGAAGGCAAAAGGUUGGGCCCAGACCCAGCUGAGACGAGCAACCACACCUGUGCUCAAAAACAGUAAUUUACACCAUAUUGGGGAAUUCUGGGGCUACACUGCUCAGGAGUCUAUGGAAAUGAUGCUGGAUAAGCUGGUGUCAUCCAUAUGUCACGAUCUGGAAGUAAUGAGGAGCUUUACGUGGAAUUUGGAGGAGAGAGAAUGUUAUCCUCAAAAACUAAUAUCAGGAUUAUGCCUCAAGGAACUGUCUGAAUUCUGCUUACCCCUUCUAUCUGUAGCACAAGCCAAACCUUUGGUGGAGAAGAUUCUUUGCUGUCAAAAAAGUUUGGAUUUGAUGUCAAGCUCCCAUGAAGGUUUCGUCAUAAGGGAAGGUGUCUCGCAGGAGUUUUUGAAAGCAGUUUCUUCCAGCAAAGGACUGUUAUUAUCAUACGAUUCACGAGUGAGUUUGUGGAAGAGGCACCAACCGAGCUUCGAAUCAGAGGUUUUAAAUCUACUGGAGAUAUCAACCCUUAGGCGGCCGUACUUUUCCAGAAAGCAACUGAAGGAUGUCGUUUGUUCAAAAGAAUUGCCUCGUGCUUGCGUGGAGAACCCAGAGCUCUUUGCAGUAGCGUUUGGCCUUCUGAGUUUAUUUCUGACCCAAUCUGAUGGGAAUACGCAAGUCGCAAAGCUCAUGUCAGUCUUUGGUGAAUUAUGCGUCCAGGAAUGUAAAGAAGGAAGUCCACAGGUUCUUUCCACAUUUUCUGAUUUGUUUCCCGACUAUUGUGUUGCGCUUGUUCGAAAAAUGACGAUAAAUCCACCAGAUAAAGAUUCCAUUCUUCGCAAUUUGCAAAUUAUUCAUAUGGAACUGGAACAGCUAACAAGUAAAUUAUCGAAAAGUGAACUGUUCGCCUUAUGGAAGACGCUUUGGUGUUUUCCCUCGUGGGAAUGUAAAGUUCUUAGAUUGUCGCUUUUAAGCUGCAGAGAAGAGGUACUGGAUGGAUGUAUCAAUAUGUUGUGUUGGUUUCAUGUUCCUCCAUUAUCAGACAAACAUGUCCCUUUAAAGGCAGCCCUGAAAGAAAUUCUUCAUCCUUUACGUCUUCUCAAGUCAAAGACCAGGCUUCAAUUUGCUGACGUUCAGUACAUUUUGUUUACAAGCCCUGUGUUACGAGACCCGGAGGCAGCCAUUUUACUGGGAAGACUGUUGCUGGUGUUCCUGUGUAAUGCCCUUGGUGGGCACUUGGUGUUCAAGGAUGUUUUACAAUUACUCACGCCGGGUUUUUGCUCUGUUAUGCGUUUGGCCUUUGUGUUGGACGGCUGGGAAGAUACCAUUUUGGCAACGAAAUCAACAUCUGUCGCGUCAACUGAGGAGAGGAAAGCUCGGCUGCUGUUGAUCAAAGAGAUUUCUCAUUUGCUUGACGACGUAAAGAGGGAAGUUACAGUUGAGCCUGUGCAAGGCGUGGCUAUGAGUAAUGAAUGGGACAGAAUAAAUAACAAUGACAAACAAGUCAAAGACUUGCUGACAAGAACCGAGGAGCUUAUUAAAGUUUUACAAGCUGAGGAUAACUGAAUAAGACAUAAUAAGUGACUGUGAGUCAAAAAUCAUAGAAACGCUGGCAAGAACCGAUAAGCCUGAAGACGAGUGAAUCGGAUAUGGUGGCUAUGCUUAAUGAGUGAGAAAGAAUUGGUAGGAAUGUAGACGCUUAGUAAGUCCAAAGUUUUUAUGUUGAACAUAACAUGUGUUUUUGGGUUUGACUUCUCUUUCUCUCUAUCGUGGUUAUUUUUCGUCCCACAUUUACAAUUCGCGAGGGCGAAGAUGUUACCUCCAGGUAACUGGUCUGCUAGUAGAGGCAGUAUCUCACAUGUAACGUAUAAACUGCCGAGAUCAUUAUAUGCGGAAAGCUGCAAACAAAUGCUGUAAUAGGCCACUUUCGAUAUAUUUAAAUUCAGCUUGAUAGUGAGGCCUAGAGAACACAAACAAAAGAAAUGAAUAAACAUGUCAUUCAAUUUCCUUUGUUUGUGCCCUCUAGGCCUCGCUGCCACGCUAAAUUUUGAUAUAUUGAAAGUGGUCUAUUCGAUCUGAGAUUACUGCAUGUCAUCACAUCUACUGUAAUUCAUGAGCUUUUAUUAAAGUCAUUGUGAUGAGUCAACAGACUAAAUUACCAGCCUAUCCACCUGUAGAGCCUCUAUUUUAUCUUGAGUUCGUAGAGAUCGAAAGCAAGAGUAUUAAACUAAGGGGAUUUGAAAAAGCCCGGACGCAGGGGGAGGGGGGUGGCCCUUUGCGCUUGAAGAAAAUAACUCGUAGGCAAAAAAUAAUAACCGUCUGUGGACAGACCACUCAAUUACUAAAAAA